UGGAACAUAAUCCAUUUCCAUUACAACAUCUCGUAAUAUAUUAACUAAUAGUUAUACGAAAUAUAACGUACACGAAUAAUUCUUGUCCAAAACUGAAAGCGACUACAAAACGACGGCAAUGUUUAAACACGUACGAACCUGCAAGAAUCUCAUAGUGAGAGGGGAUCUGGGAGGAUCUUCGUUAAUGAGUCCCGAGAUUUCACGAUAGUCCAAAUUCCCCAAGUUCCCCAAGUUCCCCAAGUUCCCCGCACGCUAUUCGCCGUCAUCUUACAGGCGCGGCAUAAUAUGAAUUCGGCAGCUCUUGAACGUUCACUCGAUGGCUCGGCUUAAUAAAUCGACGAAUUUCAACGAGACUCUCGCCCGCGUAGAAAUAACUACCUAACAUAACCUAUUUAGGAGCUUCGAUAAGCAAAGAGACUCUGCAGUAAUCACAAUCAUGGCUCCUCGACCCCGUCUGGAAGGCAAGGUCGCAAUCGUGACAGGAGGCGCGUCGGGGUUCGGCAAGGGCAUCGUAGCUAAAUUCGUGGAAGAAGGAGCUCAGAUCAUCAUCGCCGACCUCUCAGAGGAAGCCGGCAGAGCGGCAGCCGAGGAGAUCGGGUGUAAUUUCGCAGCAGCCGAUGUGACGAAGCGCGAGGACUGGGGACGUCUUCUUCAAACGGCUCUGGACACGUUUGGCCAGCUUGACAUUGUGGUGAACAAUGCCGGAGCGACGUACGCCAAUAAGCCUACCGAGGAGGUAACGGAUAAAGACUUCGACCUCGUAAUGAACGUUAAUGUUAAGUCUGUAUAUAUCUCCACUAGCGUUAUCGUGCCCUACUUCCUCGAAAAUAAGAGACCGGGGAGCUUUAUUCAGGUUGCUUCUACCGCCGGUGUUCGACCGCGCCCAAGGCUUACCUGGUAUAAUGCAUCGAAGGCAGCUGUGAUUAAUGCUACAAAGACGAUGGCAGUCGAAUAUGGACCUCAGCAGAUCCGGUUCAACGCGGUCUCUCCGGUCAUUGGAAGCACGGGCAUGACACACCUAUUCAUCGGCAAGCCCGACACAGCUGAGAACCGCAAGGCGUUUGAGUCUCUGAUACCGCUAGGUAGAGGCUCGACUCCGGAUGAUGUCGCUAACGCUUGCUGUUACCUAGCUAGCGACGAAGCUGCCUUCAUCACCGGAGUCAACAUCGAGGUAGAUGGAGGGAGAUGCGUUUGAGAAAUUCCCUCGAGCGACUUAUGAAGUCAUAUUUGAACUUGCGCAUAAGGUGAUAAGAGUUGAUGACUGCUCGGUCCGAAUUUAUUUUCCGGGAAUUGAGCCCGCAAUGAUGGAGUUGGGUAUCAUUUUUGUUAUUGGCUGUAGUAUAAAUAUUUAGUCGAUAACUAUACGAUAUACGAUAUUUCCCGCAUGAAGUGACUAAAAUAGAGUCACCUCUUAAUUGACUAGGUUUCCCAAGCAUUAGACCAUUCCGCUACGCGA